AUGGCCUCCUUUAUUACAAGUGAUCAGUCCAACAUGGGGAACCCAAGGGGGGGAAUUCCCUGGUACCUCGAUACUCUCGAGCGGGUCCCACCUUUGGCUCAACGGGUUUUGCAGGAUUAUGCUGGUUUAAAACAAGACGAAGUGAAAGGGCAUAUUGAAAACAUUCGCGAAAAAGCAUGGGAAUCUUCCCCAUAUCCGUGCAUCGGGCUGUUCCGCUUUCUUGACUUCUCACUCCCCGAUUCACCCCGAUAUGCCGAUAUCCUCGAACGCCUCAAAAAUGGCCAGCAAUUGCUAGAUUUUGGCUGCUGUUUUGGCCAUGAUGUUCGCGCCCUUAUCACAGACGGUGCACCGGCUGAAAAUAUUUGUGGUGCGGAACUCAACACUACCUUCCUCGAUCUUGGAUAUGAACUCUUUCGUGACCGAGAGACGCUGAAGUCUUCCUUGUACACCGCGAAUAUCUUCAAUGAGGAUGGCAAGUUGUGGAAGGAACGGUUAGAAGACUUUGACGUGAUCCACGCUGGAUCUUUCCUACAUCUUUUUACUUUGGACGGUCAGAAGAAGGCGGCUAUCACCCUCCUUAAACUUCUGAAAAAGCAGAGGGGGUCGCUUAUUGUUGGGCGUCAGCAUGGGAGCAGAAAAGCCAAGGAGGUCCGCAACUAUCUAUACAAACCAACCAGAGAAAGUGAGGAUAACGGCCGCCUUGAUACCUUCUUCAACCACGACUCGGAAAGCUUUACGCGCAUGUGGGAGGAGAUUGGCCAGGAGACAGGGCUACAAUUUAUGGUGAAAACGGAAUGGGGUACCUGGGGUUCUGCAAACGGUAUGGAUCCAGCCUAUUACAAGCUCUGGUCAUGGGAAGAUAAGGAUACCAUGCGGUUUAAGUUUUGGAUCGAGUUGGUUUAG